AAAAAUAAGUAGUAGUAGAAAAGCCAGAGUAGGGCUACAGCAGCAACAGGACUGCUCCGGUGACACUUCACACUCACACCAUGGCUUCAGACUCACAAUCUAAACUACAGUUGGUUCACAAACACAUUGGAGUGUUUCCAGAUUUUCCAAAGAAAGGAAUCCUGUUCAGAGACAUCUGUCCUCUCCUGAAGGAUCCAGCAGCUCUGACAGCAUCUAUCGACCUCUUUGAAGAACAUGUGAAGAAGAAUUAUCCACAGGUUGAACUGAUAGUUGGCUUAGAUGCUCGUGGUUUCCUGUUUGGGCCUCUGCUCGCCCAGCGGCUGGGGAUUGGAUUCAUCCUGGUCAGAAAGAAAGGCAAACUGCCUGGAAACACUGUGUCUGUGGCAUAUGAACUGGAAUAUGGCCUGGCAGAAGUAGAGAUCCAGGAGGAUGCAGUGUCUCCAGGACAGAAGGUUCUGCUCAUUGAUGAUCUUCUGGCUACUGGAGGGACUCUGUUUGCAGCGUCUGAGCUGAUGAGGAAGCAGCAGGCAGAGGUUCUGGGCUGUAUGGUAGUCAUCGAACUGAAAGAACUUAAUGGAAAGGACAGAUUGAAACCACACUGUGUGUUCUCCCUGCUGCAGUACUGAUGAGCACUGCAGCUGAUCAGCUGUUACACUUGAAACAAGUCUAACAUCAGUUAGUAGGUGUGUCCAAGGAAACAACAAACCUCUUUUUUUAAUUUUUGGAAAUAUGUUUUUGACACGUGAACAAAUCACAUACUGAAUAAUUUUAAUGAUUAAUCCCACACUCACACAUCCUCUAGAGCAGGGCUGUCAAACUCAUUUUAGUUCAGGGGCCACACACAACCACACACAGCCAUAUUUGAUCUCAUGUGGGCUGAACCAUUGAAAACACUAUAUAAUAACCUAUAAAUAACUUUGCAAAGUUAUCCAGUGGACCAGAUUGGACCCUUUGGCGGGCCGAAUCUGGCCCACGGGCUGUAUGUUUGACACCCCUGCUGUAGAGGAAAUAUAAUUUUGAGAAAUAAUCAAUUUCACACAGCUAAAUCAAAGAGAAACAAAGACAGUAAGUUCAUUGAUAAGGAAAACAAACACAUAGAAUAUAGACAUAAAAUCACUCUUAUCCCACAGUGAAUAGAAGUUGGAAUGACUCAAGUUUCCCAAUUUGUUACAUAGAUUAUCAAAGUCAAUCAGAAAAGAUUUUGACUUUGAUUAUCUUUAUGAUUAUUACACCUUUUUGUUAUUUAAUUCAUAUACUGUACAGUUAUGCAACUGGUACUAAAAUGCAUUUUUAAAUGUUCUAAUUAAUUUGUCCAUGUUAGUAGUUACUAAUAACCUGGUUGCAGCAGCUUGAGCUUUACCAAGCAUACUUUGGACCUAUGGCAAGGAGAAACGUUUAUAUGGACACUGUUUAGAGUCUUAAUGUCUUUGAGUGUCUAAAAUAUUUUCUCAUGUCUGUAAUAUGUUGUUCCGUUCAGCUAAUGCAUGCUGGGAUCAUCCAUGUGUGCCUAAAAAUAGGAAGACGUGUAGAGGAUGGAUGGAUUAUUAUGAAAGACAUCACAUGUUUCUCUGCAUGACCAAAUGUUUACUUUUUUUGCAGUUUUUCAUUGUAUUGUAUUUUAUUAUGAUGGAAAAGAUCUGAAUAUACUAAACACAUCUGAAAUAAUAUAAACACUGCUGCUUGAA